UGGCGGGCGCGCGCGGGCAGCAUGGCGGUGGAGCCGCCGCGGGAGGCCCUGUGGCCCGAGGGUGCGGGGGCCGAGGCGGGCUUCGUGCGCGCCGUCCUCUCGCUGCCCGAGAAGCCCGACACCACCGUGCGCUUCUUCGAGCGGGGCGACUACUACACGGUGCACGGCGCGGACGCGCAGCUGGCUGCCCGGGAGCUCUUCCGCACCCGCGCCGUCAUCCGCCAGCUGGCGGGGGCACCGGGAACUCAGAAGCUUGAGAGUGUCGUGCUUAGUAAAAUGAACUUUGAAUCUUUUGUGAGAGAUCUGCUUCUGGUUCGUCACUACAGAGUUGAAGUUUACAAGAACAAAGCAGGGAGUAAAUCUAUCAAAGAAAACGACUGGUAUUUAGCAUACAAGGGUUCUCCAGGAAAUCUUGCCCAGUUUGAGGAAGUCCUCUUUGCCAACAAUGAUAUGUCAACGGCCAUUGGGGUUGUGGGGGUUAAGCUAUCUACUGCUGAUGGACAAAGAGUAGUAGGAGUGGGGUAUGUCGACACUACGCUGAGAAAAUUGAGUGUCUGUGAGUUUCCAGAUAAUGAUCAGUUCUCAAACUUUGAAGCUCUACUGGUUCAACUAGGACCGAAGGAGUGUGUGCUACCAGGAGGAGAGACUGCAGGAGAGAUGGGAAAACUACGACAAGUCAUUCAGAGGGGUGGAAUCCUGAUUACAGAAAGGAAGAAGGCGGAUUUCACAACAAAAGAUAUUGUUCAGGAUCUCAAUCGCUUGUUAAAAUCAAAAAAAGAAGAACAAAUGAAUAGUGCAGCAUUACCAGAGAUGGAGAAGCAGGUUGCCAUUUCAUCUUUGUCAGCCAUUAUCAAGUUUUUAGAGUUGCUUUCAGAUGAAUCUAAUUUUGGACAAUUUGAACUGACUACUUUUGAUCUUAGUCAGUAUAUGGUUCUAGAUAAUGCAGCUGUUCAAGCCCUCAAUCUUUUUCAGAGUUCUGUGGAGAAUGCUAAUGCUGCACAGUCUCUAGCUGGUUUACUUAAUAAAUGCAGAACUCCUCAAGGACAAAGACUAGUUAAUCAGUGGAUCAAACAACCACUUACAGACAAGAAUAGAAUUGAAGAAAGAUUGAAUUUGGUUGAAGCUUUUAUGGUGGAUUCAGAACUACGUCAGUGCCAUCAAGAAGAUCUCUUACGUCGCUUCCCAGAUCUUAACCGGCUGGCAAAGAAAUUUCAGAGACAAACAGCAAACUUGCAAGACUGUUACCGAAUGUAUCAAGCUAUUAAUCAAUUGCCUAAUGUGGUACAAGCACUAGAAAAACAUGAAGGAGCUCACCAGAUGUUGUUGUUGGCAGUGUUUAUAACACCUCUUAAUGAUAUCUCCUCUGACUUCUCAAAAUUUGUGGAAAUGAUAGAAACAACAUUGGACAUGGAUAAGGUGGAUAAUCAUGAAUUUCUUGUCAAGGCUUCUUUUGAUCCUAAUUUGACAGAAUUAAGAGAGAAGAUGAAUGAACUGGAAGAAGAAAUGCAGUCCUUUUUAAAGAGUGCAGCCAAAGAUCUAGGUUUGGAAGCUGGCAGAAGUAUCAAACUGGAGACAAAUUCACAGUUUGGAUAUCACUUUCGAGUAACUUGCAAGGAGGAAAAAGUUCUCCGUAGCAAUUCAAAAUACACAAUAGUUGAUACACAGAAGAAUGGUGUGAAAUUUACUAACAGCAAACUGAGCUCCGUCAAUGAUGAAUAUAUAAAGAACAGAGAAGAGUAUGAAGAGGCUCAGGAUGCAAUUGUUAAGGAAAUCAUUAACAUUGCUUCAGUUUGCCUACUUACAGGACAUUGUUUACUGUCCUUUGCCAAAAGAAGAGACAUAGGGGAAUUUGGGCUGGAGGAUACUGUAAUUACUGUCUCUCCCAAAGGUUAUGCAGAACCUAUACAGACAAUGAAUGAUGUGAUAGCUCAACUGGAUGCAAUCGUCAGUUUUGCUCAUGUGUCAAAUGGAGCACCAGUGCCAUAUGUCCGUCCUGUCAUUCUGGAAAAGGGACAAGGAAGGAUUGUGCUGAAAGGUGCCAGGCAUCCUUGCAUCGAAGUGCAAGAUGAGGUGACCUUCAUCCCCAAUGACGUUACAUUUGAGAAGGGCAAGCAGAUGUUCCACAUUAUUACUGGCCCUAACAUGGGAGGGAAAUCAACAUACAUCCGACAGACUGGUGUGAUUGUUCUCAUGGCCCAGAUUGGGUGUUUUGUACCUUGCAACUCUGCAGAAAUAACCAUUGUGGAUUGUAUCCUGGCUCGGGUGGGAGCUGGAGACAGUCAGCUGAAAGGCGUGUCUACUUUCAUGGCUGAAAUGUUAGAAACUGCUUCAAUCCUCAGGACAGCCUCUGAAAACUCCCUGAUAAUCAUUGAUGAACUGGGAAGAGGAACUUCAACCUACGAUGGCUUCGGCUUAGCGUGGGCUAUCUCAGAAUACAUUGCUAGCAAAAUCUGUGCUUUCUGCAUGUUUGCUACACAUUUUCAUGAACUGACAGCUCUUGCUGACCAAGUGCCAACAGUAAAUAACCUACAUGUUACUGCUCUGACCAGUGAUGAGACGCUGACGAUGCUUUAUCGUGUCAAGGAAGGUGUCUGUGACCAGAGUUUUGGAAUACAUGUAGCAGAGUUGGCAGCUUUCCCAAAACAUGUUAUAGAAAGCGCAAGAGAGAAAGCAUUGGAGCUGGAGGAGUUUCAAAACAUUGGCAAGUCCAUGGAAUCUGAAGGAGAACCACCAGCCAAGAAAUUCUACAGAGAAAGAGAGGAAGGUGAAAAGAUAAUUCAGGAUUUUCUUUGUCAAGUGAAAUCAUUGCCCCUCACGGAUAUGUCAGAGGAAGACAUCAAAAUCAAGCUGAAACAGCUGAGAAAUGAUGUGUUGGCAAAGAACAACAGUUUUGUGAAUGAAAUAGUUUCCCGAACGAAAGUUACAUCGUGAAAGGAUUGAGAACAGGAUACAGCUCCUAAAGUGUGUUUUACAUUGCAAGAGCUACCUUUUUCUUGUCUUGCAGCUUUGAUACUUUAUGAUAAUUGUACUGAUUUAUGGUAGGCUUUUUUUUUCAGUAAUUUUUUUUUUGGUAAAAAAAUCUAAGCACAUUCUGUGCUAGAUUCCUGCUUUAGUUGUGAUCGUUGCGUUCUUUUAGAGGUUUUCAAUAAAAUGCUUUUUCAGUAGUGAA